UUGGGAAUUCAAUCAAACAACAAAUACAUUAAUCAAAAUGGGAUUGUCACCAUUCGUCUUAAACUUCUUUCGUGCCAUACUCGUGGCCUCAUCAUCCCAAGGUAAUUCAGACCUUGCGGUAGCCAACCAAAUUCACCCUCUCCGACCCCAGUCCGGCUUCGGUGGAUACUAUGUUGCCGGAGUGUCGUGCCUGAGCUGGCGACUGGGCGUCGAAACUAACAAUAUCAUUGGCUGGAAAACCGUCCCUGAGGAAUGCGAAGGGUAUGUCGGGAACUACUUGCUUGGCGGCCAAUACCGGAAAGACUCGAAAGUGGUUACUUAUGAAGCUUAUGAGUAUGCUAAGAGUCUCAGAGUCCGCAAGAAGGACUUGUGGAUCUUUGACAUUGACGAGACUUCACUUUCCAAUCUACCUUAUUAUGCUAAACAUGGGUUUGGGGUAGAGCCAUACAAUCCCACUGCGUUUAAUAAAUGGGUGGCCACCGGCAAAGCCCCAGCGUUGCCCGAGAGUCUUCAGCUUUAUAACAAUUUACUGAAUCUUGGGAUAAAGGUUGCCUUCAUUACAGGGAGAUCAGAAGAGCAAAGAGAUAUCACACAAACCAACCUUCUAAAUGCUGGAUAUCAUACUUGGGAGAAACUAAUACUCAAGGGACCCUCUUUUAAAAAUAAAACAGCAGUUGUAUACAAAUCGGCUCAAAGAAAAAAGUUGGAAAACAAUGGAUAUAAUAUUGUUGGAAACAUUGGGGAUCAAUGGAGCGAUCUCUUGGGGGACAAUCUAGGCGAUAGGACAUUCAAAUUGCCCGAUCCAGUGUACUACAUUAGUUGAUCUAAAAUGUCUAGUUCAUGCUAGCAAUAAGCGCUUAAUUGUUAGUUCAAUUCAAUAAUCCAUAUUAAGAUUUCUGAGUGAUACUUGGUACACUUGGAAUAUCUUAAUAUUGGGAUUCGUUUGUAAGACGAACUAUGUCACUAUGUUAUGCUAACCUUUAAAUGGCAGGUUAAUUUUCUAUGUUAUAA